CUACACACAGCUUCCAUCUCUGACAUGGCAAGGAAGCAUUCUUACAAGGAUUGUUUUACAAGAAGAAACCAGUUAUGGUUCAAGCUCAGGAGAUUAUGGCGGGUGGAAUUGGGUUGAAGGCCUUCUGCACUGUUUGCAUACUCAUAGCCAUUGUUUCUUCUGUAUCUGCAACAAAUUCUUCCAAAUUGAACUAUGAUACUGUCGAUACAGAUGGAUUCAGAGCAGAACUCGAGCAUAUUGAUUCUCAACUCAUCUCUAUCCACAACAUCACUUGGCUGCAACGAGCAGUGGAACGAAGCAAGCAGAGGCUGCAAAGCUUCACUGCAGCACGCACAGAAAAGACCAAGGCGAAAGAUUUAGGAGCGUCUGUGAACAUGGGAAAAGGGGAAUUUGUGAUGAAACUGGCAAUUGGAACUCCGGGCGUAGCCAUGGCGGCGAUUGUGGACACUGGAAGCGAUUUGACAUGGACCCAAUGCAAGCCCUGUACCGAUUGCUUUGCGCAGUCCACUCCCAUUUUCAACCCUGCUCUGUCCUCCUCUUACAAAAAGCUCCUCUGUUCUCACGCCCUCUGCUCCACCCAAGCUCUUCCCGAAUUCUCCUGCAUAUCCAAGGCCUGUGAGUACAUGUACACAUAUGGUGAUCUCUCUGCCACUGCUGGAACACUCUCUUCUGAAACCUUCACUUUUAGUUCCCCCAAAUCGAAAGCCAAGCCUUCAAAGGUGAGAGUUGCAUUUGGGUGCGGCCAUGACAAUGAAGGCGACGGAUUCGAGCAAGCAAGCGGAAUUGUGGGGCUGGGAAGAGGGUCACUGUCCUUCAUUGCCCAGCUUGGCAAAUCCCUUGCCCACAAAUUCUCCUACUGUCUCAGCGAUUCCCCUGCCAAAUCCAGCACCAUUUUUUUUGGCCAGGCGGCCCGAUUGGAAGGCCGGGUUGUGAAAUCUACUCCGUUUCAAGUCGAUCACAGGGGAGAACCAACUUACUUCUAUCUCUCUCUGCAGGGGAUCAGCGUGGGGAAGAGAUUGCUCGGGAUUCGGAAAGGGACUUUCGAUGUUAGAUCGGAUGGAACAGGCGGAUUCAUCAUAGACUCUGGAACAACCAUCACAUAUCUGCCCGAGCUCGCCUACGGUGCUCUGAAAAAGGAGUUGGUUUCCUUAAUUAAGCUUGCCACUGUCGAUGGCUCACAAUUCGGGCUCGAUCUCUGCUAUAAAAUUCGUUCUGUUAAGCCUUCUCUCGCCCAAUUUCCCAAAUUGACUUUCCAUUUCAAAGGGGCAGAUUAUGUUCUGCCUCCAGAGAAUUACAUGAUUUCUGCUGAUUCGAGUAGUAAAUUGUUGUGUCUUGCAAUGAUGCCCUCCGGUGAUGGGAUCUCCAUCUUUGGGAAUGUGCAGCAGCAGAACAACCAAAUUCUUUACGAUUUGGGAAAAAAUAUGCUCUCCUUCUCGCCUGCUCUCUGCGACAGCAUUUGAAUCUUGUGCAGGAAUAACAGAGUUCAGGCAAAUAGAUUGUUAUAACAAUCUGAGAAUUGAAUAUACCAUUGUAUAAUAUGUAGAGGAGAUUGAAUGUUUAACAGUAAGAUCCACACAAUCUAUAAUAAUAGUGUUCUUACAAACCUCUGCUAUCCAUCGUAACAUCUAUCAAAAUGUAAGAUUGUCGGCACAGUAAAAAUGUUUGAAAUGUUGUCCAGUGAAACUGAAGCCUGCAAUUAUAGUGAGAAGGUUGGGAAGUAUAGUAAAUUUGUUUUUUAACAGUAAGAAAUUGGAGUAUAUGCGCUUAAUGGUAA